CUCUGCCGUUGCCUCCUAUUCCUCACUCUCCCCAAAAAGAAGUCGACAAGAAGCAAAGCCCACCACCGAGUCACCAACCCAGAGCACCAAACCGUCCGGGUCCGGCCACGGAGACGGAGGCAGAGCCGAGCACCGCUCCUCGGGCCGGCGCGCCGGCCUCCUUCCAUGCAAGCCGGCAUCGGCCGCCACGCCCGGCGAUGCCCAGCCUGCUCAAGGACCGCGCCACCGGCCGCCUCGGCCGUCUGAUCUCCGCGCUCCGCCCCGCGCGCGCCGGGCCGCUCCCCGUCCAGACCGGCUUCCCGACCUCCCUCGCCGACCUGUUCAUGAAGAACCAUGGCCGCCUCAGGAAGCCAUCCUCGUGCGCGUCCGGCGCCUCCAGGCGCAAGAAGCGCGGCGCGGCCCCUUCGCCUUCCCCUCCCCGUUCACCCGCGCCCUCUCCCCCGGCUUCCUCCCCACCCUCGCCGCCGCCUCCUCCGGUCGCCGUCUCGCCGCCAACCCAGCCAAGACCAGAACUUCCGCCGGAUUCUGAACCCGUCUGCGACGCCGAAAGAGAAGGCAGCGUCUUCGGCCUCGGGUUGGGAUUCCUCGCGCUGGUGGGCGUGGUGAUGUCCCUCGCCAUCCUGGUGAUCUGGAGCAGGAGGGUGGUCGCGGCGGCAGUCACCGUCGCCGCCUUCUCGCUCUUCCUGCUCGAACCCAUCCGGUCAUUCUCGCUGCGCCGGAAGCCCCGGCCUCCGGCCACCAGGGAGGCGCCGGAUUUGGGAGGCCGCGGCUACGUCUCGCCGAUCCGGGAGGUGGAGGUGGAGCCAGAGCCGCCGACACUGAGCUGCUCUGACUCCGACAGGUGGACCGAUGUCUCCUCCGUCCUUGCCACCGAAGAUACGGUUGAGGAGAGGGUCGAGGCGGGGGACGGUUCGGGCAGCUCGAGGGGGAAGGCGAAGAGGAGGUCCUGGAGGAAGCUGAUCCCCAGGAAGCUGCAGAAAGGCAGGAUUCGUAAGGAGGAGGCGAGUUCUUCUCUGUCGAGUUCUUUCCGCAGCGAGUGCAGCGACGCGGAUGCCACGGUUGGCCCAGAUUCUCGCCGUGGCAGCGGACGCUAUCAAGCGGAUGCCACGGUUGGCGGCAAUGCCAGGGCGACGGAUCACCCAGAUUCUCGCCGUGGGAGCAGACGUCAUCAAGCGGACUCCGUGGCAGACGCCACCGCCAAAUCGUCGGAUCCUUCGGGGCCUCGCCGCGGCACCGGCGCCGGAAUGGACGCCGAGGUGCGCAGCGAUGUUGGCGUGCCGAUAGGAGUCGAUGCGGAUGGCCCAGGAGGAAGGCGGCUCCCUUUGGUGGCUGCCGUCGUCGUCGUCCUGGUAGGGCUCGUCGCUGGGAGGCUCCCGGCCGUUGCGUUCACGGUGCUCUUCGUUAGCUCGCUUCAGAGAUUGUCAUGUCGACGCGAAGGGAGGUGAUUAGAAGCUUUUCCCAUAUGAGAUGUAGGAACCUCCCGAAGGGUGAUGUAAAUUAGUGGCAACUAUAAAGCAGAAAGUGGUGAUAA